GCGGCAGCGGUUGGUUCGACAAGGCGGACCCGUACGCGAUCAUACGCUUCCGCGGGUCGAACCAAGAGUUCCGCACCAGCGUGCUCCAGGAUGCCGGGUCGGACCCGAUUUGGAACUGCGAGGGCUUCCUGAAGUACUCUGGGGAGACGAUGCUGGAGAUAUCGGUGUGGGACUACGAGAAGUUCAACGCCGACAGCCUGCUGGCCAUAGGCUCGCUGCAGGUGGAGAGCUUCUGCAACGGCUUCGAGGGCAUGGUGCCGCUGAACCCCCCCACGGCGGGCAAGAAGAAGAAGAAGAGGCUGGUCACCAACCAGAGCAUGAUAACCAUCGGGAUCCAGUGGCCGCCGCUGGGCGAGCUGCCAUCGCUCGGCAACGGCGCGCAGACCGCGCUGGACGAGUCGCUGACGGGGGCCGCCAGUUUCCUGCAGGCCGGCAUGCUCACGUGGGGCAGCAACGCGCCGCAGGCCGGCUGACCCCGCGAGGGCCUCCGCCCGCUCGCGGCGUCGGGGCGCCGGCCCGGCCCCUCCCCGGGCGCCCGUGCGGGCGGCGCGGGAGGCGGCGAGGGCGGAGGGAGGACAAGGAGAAGCGCGUUCCUUUCACAGGCGUCGCCCCUUAGCGGGCGGGCGCCAAGCUGUAGCCUGUAUAGCGUUCUCCGGCAUCGCAGGCGCCUCGCGGCAGCACGUCCCAGCAGAUGUGGAGGGCUCCAGGCGGAGCUUCUCGCCUUCGAGGGAUCGGAGAGUUGCGGAUAGUUGCCGUUGGCAGUAUUGUGGACGGCAUCAUUGGUGGACGUUCUUGGUGGUCGUGCCAGGGGGCGGAGCUCCUUGCUUCCCUCUGAGCAGAGCGGCACCAUCUUCAAGAGAAUCGGUUGCCUGUUUCACUCGCUGUGAGGACAGCGCGAAGCGCUUCUCUUGCGUGGACGCGCAGGAAAA